AGGAGAUGAAUUAAAAUGCAGCACACCACGUGUACAGAGGACAGGAUCUACCACGCACUGGAAAGAUGUCUACAUGGGCUUAGCAGAGAUGCUGUCUCCAGCAGAUGGGCUGCCGGGCUGUGCCUGAAUUGCUGGAGCCUGCAGGAGCUGGUGAGCCGAGAUGCCGGCAACUACCUCAUCCUCGUGGAGAAGAUCCUCUGCAAGGCCAAAGAGGUGCAGGAGAAGUGUGACUACGAUCUCGUAACGCCCCUGGCUCUGCUCUUCUACUAUGCGGUGCUGUAUGCUCCCCACUUCCCACCCGGCUCCGACCUGCUCCUGAAAGCCGCCAGUGUAUACCACAGCUUCUUGACCUGGCCCGUGCCCUACUGUAACAUCUUCCGCGAGCUGCUCACCUUCAUCAGCGAUGAGCUCAAGGCCCCCGGAAUCUCUUUCCAGAGGCUGGUGAGGACGGAGCAGGGGCUGCCUGUGAAGAACUACCAGAGCUCCACCGUGACUGUGCUGCUGCUCAACCGCUCCGAGGUGCAGAGCGAGUUCCUGUCCAUCGCCGAGAAGCUGAGUGCCAGUGAGCACCCGCAGCACGCCACGCUCGUCAUGCUCCUCGAGCACCUCUACCAGGCCAACUUCGGCACCCGCUGCGACCUGGACAGCCUGCACCACCUCCUGAAGUCCAAGACACUGGAAGAGCUCUCGGAGAUCUACGCCAGCGCCGCCGACGCACAAGAGAUCGCAGCCGCCAGCAGCGACCCUGUCCCAGCCCGGGAGCAGCUGCAGUCCAUGCUGCGGGACAUUGCUGGGGCCGCAUCCUUUCCUGCCAUCGCGGGUGAGGCUCAGCCCCGCAAGCUCCACACCAUCCCUGUCCCCGCCACUCGCUGCUACACUUACAGCUGGGAUCAGGAUAACUUUGAUAUCCUCAAUGAUGUCCUCAGCAAAGAGUGCAGCGUUGUUGAGCCCAUGGCCUCAGAGAAUGAGGAGGAGGACGAAGAAGAGGAGGAGGUGGAAACCGAUGGCUGUUCCCCCGAGCGGGACUCUCUGCUUUCCCCCAUCUCCGCCAUUUCCAAAGACUCUGUGUACUCAGCGCUGUCGGAGGAGGGAUCUAAGCCCUCGCGAGUGUCCCUCUUCACCACCUCCAGGGACUCCAUCUCGGAGCUGACGGUGGUCUCCAGAAAGUCCUUGAAGUCAUUUGUGUCCAGCCUAAAGGACUGCAUGGACAGCGGGUACGCGGAGGACAGCGACGAGAGCUCCCUGGACAUGGUGGGCAGGCCGGAGCUGAAGGUGGAGAAGACCCACCACAAAUACAGACACACGCUGACCAACAAGAUCUACAAACUGUUCAAGAGCAAAAGCCAGCUGGUCUUGAGGAGGGACCUGAAGGACUGCCCGGAGACGGGCUCGCUCUCGCUGCCCCUGCGCCGGGCCGAGA